GCGCCCUAAUUUUGGAAUAAUGGCUGGGCGGAUGCUCCAGCGGGGGCGACGCCGCGCGCGGCUCCUCGUUGCUCUUGGAUUUCUCCUACUUUUUGCAUUCGAUGUCGCUAGGCGCUACCGCCAGCUCUCGAUCUCCCAGGUGAGUGAGAUUUUCUUCUAGUCCUGAGAGGGCGAUCGGGGUGAAAUGCAGGCUAGAUCAAGGCCUGUGACGAACACUCUCGAGGAAUGCCGCAAGUUUGUCACUCCCGCGAGGCUAGCCAAAAGUCUGGUGGACAUCACAGCAAGAAGCUCCGAGGUUCUUGCUCUAUGAUCAUACAACCGGGAGAUUCACCUCCGCGUGUGGCGCUCUGCCUGUAUGGCGAAGCCAGACAGUUUGAGCUCACAGGACUGAGCCUCAAGAACUACGUCUUGGACGUGCUGCCCGACGCUCACGUCUUCCUCCACGCGCCCCUGGAUCGCGAUUCAUACAAGCUGGAAAUCCUCCGCAGUGCAAAGUCACGCUUUGCAAAGGCAAGGCUCUUCACGCCCGCGAGAAUUCCCGAGACCAACGUCCUUCGAGAGGUUGUCGGGGCGGAAGGUUCUUCUCAUGGCUUGCAAGGCCUGCUACAUUUUUUCCGCUUGAUCGAGGGGUGUGGAGACUUGGUCACUGAAUACGAGCGCAAGCACGAGUUUCUCUACGAUUGGAUCAUCAAAGUGAGGCUGGACAGCUACUGGACAGAUCCGAUUCCAACCAAGUACGAGAGAGGUGUCUACACUAUUCCAUUCGGGAACAACUGUGGAGGAGUGAACGACAAGCUUGGAGUGGGUGAUCGAGCCACUGCCAUGGCCACAGGACUCAAGCUCAGCAUCCUUCCGGCUCUCCAUGCACAGGGCGAUCGUAACUUAUGGCCGGAAGCUCUUUUCGAGUCUCACUUGGAGCUCCAGCGAAUUCUAGCAGUGCCGACCAACUUUUCCUUCUGCCUCAUCGAUCAUAGGAAGUGGCCGUGGCCUCCAAAAGGUUGGCAUCUAUCAGUGCCUUCCAUCUCCAGCAAGGGACCUUUGAACGGGGCUUACUGCCGGCCUUGCAAUCCCAAAGUAUCAAGCCUGGAGCGCUCGUCAGCGAUUGUGGAGUCGCUGUGCAAGAGGUCCGGAUGGUUUCCUACAGAUGGAAUGGAGAAGCUAGAGUUGUGUGAUGCGUCAAGCCUGGAAUGGGAGCGAGGCUGGGAGGCCUUGUUCGAUUCGGCAGCAGGACAAGAAGCUGCCAAGACGAGAGAAAAGUUUGCCAGCAGCAAGCAGCUACAGGGGGAUUGUGUUUUGCAGGCUUCUCUUUUCCAGAAGCGUUGGGAGAUAUGGGACGGUCCAUCGCCACAGCAAGUUUGUAGCGUCAAGUCUGGAAAUCCAUGGCCAAAGUCAUCACCAACAAGCUCUUAAAUUUUCUUAUCGCCCCAGAAUGUUGGAAGCAGUGGUUCUUCAAAUCUCGCGUGGCCGAGCCUGUGGCUCUCUCACGUGUUCAUGAUUCCAAUCUAUACAUGAUUUCUACCG